GCAUUUCUCCCUCGCAGAAUCAGUCACGCCGUCCCUAGGUUCACGCUGAGGAUCUGCAAAGUUUUCCGAGCCGAAGGGAGUCACUUUUACAGCGUGUGUGGGGGUGGCGGGGAGAGAGUAGGGGUAUCAGAAGCAAUAGGGUCCCUGCCUCCAAGCCGCAGCGCUGCUCUCCUCUGCCGAGCACUUGCAGGCUGUGCAAUUAACCGGGCAGGCGGUGAAUUAAAUCUUUGUAAAGCCCACCAAGCGGGGGGUUCCUGCGAGCUCCUUCCCAACCGGUCUCGGGCGGCUGGGAUAACAACAGAAACAAGCAGCAAGAGCGAGAGAAAAGCGGGGAACCUCGCCGCCGCCCCAGGAUCGCCGAGCCCCCCCCUGCCCCCGCUCGGUGCCAGUGCUCCCGCCGGCGGCCGAUGGACAACCUCGGCGGGGCCCGGCCGCUGCGGCUGCUCCUGCUCCUGGCGCUGCUGCCGCCCGCGCUCCGCGGCCAAGAUCUUUCAAUGGAAGAAUGCUGUGACAAGGGUAUUGAAUGGGCAAACAAAAACAGAAUAUGUACUUCUCUACCAUUAAUUUCCGAGUCCAGAGAAUGCAGCAUGACUCAGGUACAGUGCUGCCGCAGCAAGUUGGAGGAGCACUACUGUUCAGAUGGGAUCGAAUUUGCCAAUGUGCGUGAAGAGUGUGACUCACAUACUGGUGAAAAUUCCACCUGCGAAGCUGAAUACUUUAAGAAAUGUUGUUACUGUUGUUUGCUGGGAAAGACUGCCCAAGUUCAAGGACAGAGUUGUGAACCCAACCUGAAGAUAGGAUACCAAUGUGGAAUCGUCUUCAGAGCUUGUUGUGUGAAGGGGCAAGAAGGCACUGAUGUGUCCAUCAGUGAUGAUGCUCCUAAAAAGGAACCAGUUGAAAUUUCAAAGGAGGAACUAGACCAAGAAGAUCCUUAUCUGCAUGAUGGCUGCAGAGGUGGUGGUCCCUGCUCUCAGCAGUGCAGAGACACAGGAUCCAGUUAUGUCUGCUCCUGCUUUGUUGGGUAUCAACUUCAACCAGAUGGUGUCAACUGUGAAGAUAUUAAUGAGUGUAUCACUGGUACACACAGCUGUGGGAUUGGACAAACCUGUGUCAAUACAUUAGGAUCCUUUCGCUGUCAGCGGGACACGAGCUGUGGAACUGGUUAUGAACUAACUGAUGACAGUCGUUGUAAAGAUAUUGACGAAUGUGAGACUGGUACUCAUAACUGCCCCCCCGAUUUUAUCUGUCAGAAUACUCCAGGAUCUUUCCGUUGCCGACCCAAGCUACAGUGCAUGAAUGGGUUUAUACAAGAUGCGCUAGGCAACUGUAUUGAUAUCAAUGAAUGCCUGAGCAACAACAUGCCAUGUCCAGCUGGGCAGAUAUGCAUUAACACUGAUGGUUCAUACACCUGCCAGCGAAUCUCACCCAGCUGUGGCCGAGGGUAUCAUCUUAAUGAAGAUGGAACGAGAUGUGUAGAUUUGGAUGAAUGCUUAUCUUCCAAUCAGCCAUGUGGCGAGGGACAUGUUUGUAUAAAUGCCCCAGGCAAUUAUCGCUGUGAGUGCAAAUCUGGCUAUUCUUUUGAUGUCAUCAGUAGAACUUGUGUUGAUAUCAAUGAAUGCAGACGCUAUCCAGGCCGCCUUUGUGCUCACAAGUGUGAGAAUACUCCUGGUUCCUACUACUGCACUUGUACCAUGGGAUUCAAACUUUCAGUUGAUGGCAGGUCAUGUGAAGAUUUAAAUGAGUGUGAGAGCAGCCCCUGUAGUCAAGAGUGUGCCAAUGUGUAUGGCUCCUAUCAGUGUUACUGCCGCCGUGGCUUUCAACUUAGUGACAUAGAUGGGAUUUCAUGUGAAGAUAUUGAUGAAUGUGCUUUACCUACUGGAGGUCAUAUCUGUUCCUUUCGAUGUAUUAAUAUUCCUGGGAGCUUUCAGUGUACCUGUCCCUCCACCGGUUACAGGUUGGCACCCAAUGCACGCAACUGCCAAGAUAUUGAUGAGUGUGUUGCAGAAACCCACAACUGCUCUUUCAAUGAGACCUGCUUUAAUAUCCAGGGGGGCUUUCGCUGUCUGUCUUUGGAAUGUCCAGAAAAUUACCGCAAGUCUGGAGAUACUGUCAGACUUGAAAAGACAGAUACUAUCCGUUGCAUUAAGUCUUGUCGACCAAACGAUGUCAGCUGUGUGUUGGAUCCAGUCCACACAAUUUCCCACACUGUCAUUUCACUACCCACGUUCAGAGAAUUUACAAGACCUGAAGAGAUUAUUUUUCUUCGUGCCAUCACACCUACAUAUCCGGCCAACCAGGCAGAUAUCAUAUUUGACAUAACAGAAGGAAAUUUAAGAGAUUCCUUUGAUAUCAUCAAGCGUUACAUGGAUGGUAUGACAGUGGGUGUCGUGCGCCAGGUGCGGCCCAUUGUUGGACCUUUCCAUGCCAUCCUGAAACUGGAGAUGAACUACGUCAUGGGUGGGGUGGUAUCUCAUCGUAAUAUUGUCAAUGUUCACAUCUUUGUCUCUGAGUACUGGUUCUGAGAGAGCUUUUAAAAUCCCAGACAAGGAAGCUGCUCCAAUCUAUGUCAUUACCACAAACUAUUAUGUCAUAUACUUGUUUGUAAAACCCAAUAGUGGUUCUUUUUUGUUUUAUUUUUAAAUAUUUGUUUUAUAGUUUAAGACAAAUAACAAGCUAUUAUGUUGAUUAAACAUAGGGUGGGGCAAAUUAAGUGAGCUGAUUUAGUUGUGUGUAUAAAUAAGUAGUGUGUAAAAGUGUUCAACUGCCUAGAGAAAUUUAAAACUUUUCUAAAUGUUUAGGCAGAUCUUAACUAUUGCUCCUUG